GGAAAAUGCGUCUGAGCUGGGAUGCUGUGAAAUCGCAAGCAUUGCAAAUGGGUGCAUUAUAUCAGAGCGCAUAGAAAGGACUGGAUUUCUCCACUGUUGGACCUUUCUAAGUGGACCAGCUCCUGUUAUACAUACUCCAAGGUGGAAGAUGGAUACAUUCGUGAUUAGUGCUAGACAUUGAGACUGGACUUCAGAAGGGCUGUUGAACUGACCGGAAAUUGAUUGUAGAUCUUUGGUUUUUGGAUGUAACAAGGAGCACAGUUAUUUCACCUAUCCAUAUCCUGUCAUAUUUAUCAUGACCUCUCUAACAGGGAAUAAAGAGAGGUCUGGGACCAGGAGCAGAAAAUAUGGGAUGACAGAUUCCUCCCCUACGAAGUCGGCAUCAUUUUCUCCUGAAACCUGGUACCGAAAGGCUUACGAGGAGUCCAGGAGCGGCAGCCGCCCGGUCCCUGAGGGUGCUGGCUCCAUGCCCGGGUCCUCUGGAACCCCCUCUCCCGGAUCAGGAAUAUCAUCCCCGGGCUCCUUUUCCGGCUCACCUGUUACUAUAUCGCCGGGGAUAAGCACCGGUUCGCCCGGUUCCUUGGGUGGAUCCCCAGGAUUCGGCACUGGUUCGCCAGCCUCGGGUAGCGGGAGCUCACCUGGUUCUGAACGGGGAAUCUGGUGCGAGAACUGCAACGCUCGGCUGGUGGAGCUGAAGAGACAGGCAUUAAAACUACUCAUUCCUGGACCCUAUUCUAGCAAGGAUCCAUCAUUCUCCCUGCUCCUCCAUGAUAAGCUGCAGGUGUCCAACAGUACUCGCAAGGCGUGGAACGAGCGUGACGGUCGCUGUGACGUUUGUGCCACCCACCUGAGUCAACUGAAGCAGGAGGCUGUCCACAUGGUGCUGAGCCUGGAGCAGUGUGACGUAUCUCCUGGCUCCCCUCCAUCUCUGGCCUCCCUGGUAGGUUCCCGCAGCAUCCUCCAAGGUCCCACGCCACCUCGAGACUGGGCGUACCUGCCUGCGGGGUACCAUUCAUCAGCUUCCACCACCUCUGCUACCAUUCCUGCCACAACCUCCAGUUCUACCCCAACAACCACCAAUGGAAGCAACAGUAGCAGCCCUCACCACUCAGUUUACCCCAAACAUGGAUCCAAACCAAAUAGUUUGGGGGUGAGCAGUGGGUUGGACAAGAAAAACAGCUCCCCGAGUCAAGCAGGAAAAGUGACGGCAUCGCCACAGCCCCACCUGCCCAGCAGUCCCAGUAACAGCAAUGGAAAUUUGAGUUCUGUGGCCCUUCAAGCACAUCAGUACCUGGAGGGCACCUGGACAUCUGGGCACGUGUCAAGAGCCAAUGGAGUCACACUUUAUCCUUAUCAGAUCUCACAGAUAGUGUCAGAAGGCAACAGAGAGGGUCUAAACGAGGCUGCGCUUAACCGCUACAACGCAGACCGCGCAUCUGCAUACAGCAACCCUGCAGCUCCUCCUCCUGCCCUAGUCACCACAGCGCCCUCUGGUGGCACCUCCGCUGCUGCAUCCUUCUUUGCCAGAGCGGCCCAGAAAUUAAAUCUGUCUUCCAAGAAGAAGAAGCAGCGCCCGACACCCCCUGUGGUGUGUGAUCCACCCCCCUUUCCCACCAACUUCAGUGGUAUCCUGCAGGUGUCUCCGCCCCCUGCCCCACCCUGUCUCUUACGGGUAGUCAACAAAGUCAAAGACAACCCUGGCAUGGGCAAGGUCAAAGUGAUGGUACGAGUGUGUCCUUCAUCACCCACCAGUACAGCAGAAUCCAGCUCAUUCCUAAAGGUUGAUUCUCGUAGGAAGCAGGUGACCAUCAUGGACCCUGCAGCUAACUCUCAGCAGAAUCAAACUCAGAAACAUGGCAGCUCCAACCAGGUUCCUCCCAAGAUGUUUGCAUUUGAUGCUGCCUUCUCUCAUGAUGCCUCUCAGGCAGAGGUUUGUGCAGGAACUGUGGCUGAAGUCAUCCAGUCCGUGGUGAAUGGAGCAGAUGGCUGUGUAUUUUGCUUUGGGCACUCCAAACUAGGGAAAUCCUACACAAUGAUCGGUAAGGACGAAUCCAUGCAGAGUUUGGGGAUCAUACCUUGUGCCAUCUCCUGGCUCUUCAAACUGAUCAACGAGUGCAAGGAAAAGACAGGUGCACGGUUUUCUGUGCGAGUGUCAGCGGUGGAGGUGUGGGGAAAAGACGAGAACCUGAAAGAUCUGCUGUCUGAGGUGGCAACAGGCAGUCUGCAGGAUGGCCAGUCUCCAGGCGUUUACCUCUGCGAGGACCCCAUCUGCGGAAUGCAGUUGCAGAAUCAGAGUGAAUUGCGUGCUCCUUCAGCAGAGAAGGCCGCUUUCUUUCUGGAUGCUGCGAUUGCUUCACGCUACAGCAGCAAGCCAGACUGCGAUGAAGAGGAGCACCGCAACUCUCACAUGCUCUUCACCCUGCACAUCUACCAGUAUCGCAUGGAAAAGACUGGAAAGGGAGGAAUGUCGGGAGGCAGGAGCAGACUGCAUCUCAUUGACAUGGGAAGCUGUGUGAAGGUUCUGAGCAAGACCCGAGACAGCACCACAGGACCGUGUCUCUCUCUAUCUGCCCUGGGAAAUGUCAUUCUGGCCUUAGUCAAUGGCAGCAAGCACAUCCCUUACAAAGAUAGUAAGCUAACCAUGCUAUUACGAGAGUCCCUGGGCAACAUGAAUUGCCGUACCACAAUGAUUUCCCACAUCUCCUCAUCACCCACCAACUUCUCAGAGACUCUGUCUACACUUCAAAUUGCCUCUCGUGUUCUUAGGCUGAAGAAGAAGAAGGCUAAAGUAAGCGUGCAAUACACAUCCAGUUCCUCGGGUGGUGAAAGUUCAUGCGAGGAAGGAAGAAUGCGUCGCCCAACCCAGUUGAGAACCAUCCAUUCUAGAAAUGUGGUUGAUUCAGAGAUGACCCUGUUACACCUCUCCAGUGACCCUGAAGACUACUCCAGCAGCGAGCAGUCAUGUGACACUGUUAUCUACGUGGGUCCAAAUGGCUCAGCCCUCUCAGACAAAGAGCUUACAGACAACGAAGGCCCUCCUGAGUUUGUGCCUAUCAUCCCAUCCCUGCAUAAAAAUAAAGCAGACCACAACAAGGCUCCUUUGACAUCACAACCAUCUGAAGAAGAAGCUGCAGCCCUGAUAGCUCAAGCCUCACUGUCUGUCCAGCCCUUGCAGAUCAACCAUCCUCAGCCACUUCCACCUGUGCCGGAAGAAGGUGCUGAGUCAGGCAAAAAGGAAAAAGACUGUCUCAAAUGCAACACUUUUGCUGAGCUUCAAGAGCGGCUGGACUGUAUUGAUGGAAGAGAAGAGGUGACGCAAUUCCCUUUUGAAGAAGUCCCUGCCAAUAGAGUUACCAAAAUUGAGCCUCUUCCUAACCAUGGUCAAGUUUUUAAAGAAAGCCAGCAAUCAAGUUCACCCAAGAGGAUCUCCAAUGACCAGCAACUGGAAGAGAUCCGUGAGGUAGUUGAGGAAGCAGAAGUUGCUCAAUCAAUUAUUGAAAGCUUGGCACAUUGUUCAACAGGCAGUUUAGGACUUUCCACGAGCAGAAGUGUGACAAGUAGCAGUGGUGUUGGGCAACUUACUCCUCUUCAAAAGACCAAGAGCUCCAGUUUACAUGACAGCAGAGAAUCCAUCAGUGGUGGGAGUAGCAGUGAGGGCAAAACUCGUCCUAUGGGCUCCCCACGGUUAGGCAUUGCCAGUCUUACUAAAACCUCAGAAUACAAACUACCAUCCUCUCCUUCUCAACGUUGCAAAGUAUACACCCAGAAGGGAGUAAUGCCUGGCACACCCCCUCACUCUUCUCAAGAUCUUUACAAAGAUUCUAGAAAAUCCUCCACAGAGUCUUUGCUUAAUCCAGAUUCUAGAACCUCUCCAGUGGGCAUGAGCCCACAGGUCCUAAAUACAUCUUCAUCCUCCAACAGCCUUGGAUCAGCUGAGACGCUGUGUGAUGAUGUUCCCCAGUUGCCUUUGGACAAUAAGAAAGAUGUGAAGGACACCACAGCCACGGUUACACUACAACAGCCGUUGGAGCCAAAUGGAGAGGACGAGUUGGUGUUCACCCUAGUGGAAAAGCUGACAAUUAGUGGGGUAAUGGAGAAUGGAAGACCAACCAGUAUUAUUAGCUUUAACAGUGACUGUUCAGUGCAGGCCCUUGCAUCAGGUUCAAGGCCUGUUAGUAUCAUUAGCAGCAUGAGUGCAGACCUUGAACAUCACACCACUGCCCCCUGCACCACCACAGCCACCAUCUCAGAAGUCAACAUUGCAAAGUCCUUGCCCCUCAGCAGGAUUGAGGGGGAAGUGCAGGCAAGUCGUCGUUCCUCAAUAAGCUCAUGGCUGAGUGAAAUGAGCGCUGGAAGUGAUGGUGACCAUUCAUGUCAUAGCUUUGUUACCCAGCAGUGCUUUGGACAGAGUGAGACCCUAGCUGAGGACAGACUUGUGGAAAUUCAAGAGGAAGUUGACAUUGAAGGUCUCCCUGAGUCAAAUGUGCAAAAUAACUCAGAAAUUGAGAAUGAUCUCAAUAAAACUGACAAAAUGAAUAGUAAAAACACCCCUACUAAACACAAACUGGAUAAGAUGUCCUCAGCCACAACAUCAGGUGGCUAUGUUCCUUUUAAGACUAACAUUUCAAAAACUCACCCUUGUGCUGCUGUUAAACCAUUGGCUGUACACGACUUACAAACCAAAACCACUUUAGUCAAUGAUCUCAUAUCCCCACCUGUUUCUAUAUCAAGUGAGAUCAAUUCAGAAAACCCUUGGAUAAAAAGGAAGGGUGCUGAAGAGACCAAGGAGAAAGAGGUGGUCAUUGAGGUAAAGUCAGAGAAGAUAACAUCUGAAUCUGUAAAGGACAAUUGCCUAGCCGACAAGUACAGCUCAAGCAUUGAAGCAGCAUUUUCCCCCGAUUCCAUAAAUCGAGUCGGGGAUGGAUGUGAAAUGGUCUUCAAUGCAACUGAAAUCAUAACUCAAGUCUACUCUGCAGACAUAUUCAGAACAGGGAGUCUACCUCGAGCAUGGCAUCGUUUGAACAAGCAGGAUGAUCUGGAAGAUCCCACCUACCGCUACACUAGUGGAGAGUAUAAAAGUCUUGGGGUUACCACCUCUACUCCUUGCAGUCCUAGGGCCACUCUUGAAAGAAGAAAUUCUGGUGGUAGGCAGGGUAUUUUUGCACGUCAGAAAGGAGUCCCACCUUUGCCACCUGUAAGGAAGUCUAGCCUUGACCAGAGGAACAGAGCUAUUCCCCAACAUAAUCCCGGAAAUGCUCAGACACCAAACCAGUAUCUGACUUUUCUUGGCAGCACACCUGAAGAUCUGGGUGGAAAUGGCAAACAUAAAGGCCCAAAUGUUGAAAGCAGCAGACUCUUUAGUGCCAAACUUGAGCAGUUAGCAAACAGAACCAAUUCCUUAGGAAGGUCCCAUGGGACGAAUUAUGACUGUCAGUCCCUGGAAAGGGCUGAGAGUUUGACCUCUCUGGGCUCUAAAGGAGGUGCCACAAAAGAUGGCACAAUGCCAAGGACAGGUAGGAGCCUCAACCGUGGCUUACUCUCAUCACCAACCAAUGGACCAAAUGGCAACAACAAUGUACCACAGUCACCCAAAGCAAGUCAGUCCAAAAUAUCUGCUGUUAGCAAACUCCUUAUGGCCAGUCCCAAAGCUCGAAGUUUAUCAACGUCUAGCACUAAGACUCUAAGUUUCUCCACAAAGUCCCUUCCACAGUCAGUAAAUAGAAGCUCAAGUUCGCCACCUAAUGGAAAGAAUCAGACCCAGAAUUCUUGGUCAACCCAGUCCCUAAGUCGCAGUAGGGGGACAGGACUAGUUUCUAAGCUGCCUUUAAGGGCAGUGAAUGGACGAAUCUCUGAGCUUCUUCAAGGCAGUGCCAGCUCCCGUGCUACACAAGGACAAGGGGCUUCUGACACCGAAGAGAGAGGAGCAACAGUCCAAGGAGAGGAAAGGCCAGUGGUCCAUACUUUGCCUUCACCUUACAGUAAGAUCACGGCCCCAAGAAGGCCUCACCGCUGCAGUAGCGGGCAUGCUAGCGACAACAGUAGCGUGCUAAGUGGAGAACUUCCUCCUGCCAUGGGAAAGACUGCAUUGUUCUAUCACAGUGGUGGCAGUAGUGGCUAUGAGAGUAUGAUACGUGACAGUGAGGCCACAGGAAGUACAUCUUCAGCUCAGGACUCAAUGAGUGAGAACAGCAGUUCCGUGAGUGGUCGCAGGAGCCUGAAGAAUUCAAAGAAAAGAAGUAAUACUGGAACCCAGAGGCGGCGACUUAUCCCUAAUCUCACCCUGGAUACCUCCUCUCCUGUGAGAAAGACUGUCAUAAGUCCAGGGGUACGCUGGGUGGACGGCCCCCUCCGGCCCACACAGAGGGGUCUCGCUGAACCCUUUGAGAUCAAGGUUUAUGAGAUUGAUGAUGUAGAACGUCUACAGAGAAGACGGACAGUGGGCAAUAAGGAAGUGGUAUACUUCAGUGCUAAACUGAAGAUCUUAGAGCAUCGGCAACAGAGGAUCUCAGAGGUGCGGGCCAGGUAUGACUGGCUGAAAAAAGAGCUGGAGCAGACCAAACAACAUCUAAUGCUGGAGCCAGAGAAAUGGACCACUGAAUUUGACCUUCAGCAGACAUUUGAAGUGGACUCUCUGGAGUACUUGGAAGCUCUGGAGUUUGUCACGGAACGACUAGAAAACCGGGUCAACUUCUGCAAAGCUCAUCUAAUGAUGAUCACAUGCUUUGACAUCACCUGUCGGCGACGGUAAAGGAUUCACCAUGGAGUAUUAAGGACAAUGGGAAGUUGAAAAGGCUCCACUGGGUGUACGUGGGCGUGUAUGUGAGAAAGUUACAAAGUUUAUCACUACAAUGAUGGCUGAAAUGAAUGGGAAAAUACAAAAGGCUUAAUAUUUUUCUAAAGUGGGUUUUGUGAAAAAACAGAAAACGCUGGACUUGGAGAGUUGGAGAAAAAAUUGUAAAAUGAGCACUUUGAAACUUUGGAUUUGUCGAUUGCAAAUAUGGUUUGCUCGCUUGCUGUGAAGAAUAGUAUUGCCAUAUGUGGAAAAAAAUAAUACAUUGUUAAACAAAAAGAGAACAAAAAAGACAACAAGUGCCUUGUGAACACUUCAAUAUCUUCUAUGGAAAUCUAUGGAAAGAACUUUGCAUAUUUGUGUACAGAUGGUGCUAGCUUAAAAAAAACCAUGCAUACAAACAAAAAAAGUUAGAAAAGUAAAAAAACACUACUUGUUAAACUAAGUGUUUAAACUCUUUGAUUCACUGUCUAUGUAACAUGUAUUUGUACUGUUAUACAAUAGUUACAUGCAACAUGAACUGCUAUGUGUGUUUUAUAUUAUUUUUUGUAUUCUUGGAGACAACUGAGACCACAUAGAGUUUCAAAUGCUAUAAAACCACCCAUCACGAUAUCUAGAAGAGUAAUUGUGGCAUUGGCUCAUUGAUUGUUCAGAUCCCCUGUAGGUAUGUUGGCAUUUUCAGCAGUGUGACGCCUCAGGCUGGGCCACUUCGGCAUGUCACGGUUGAGAGACGAUGAGAAGAAUCCUCAGUCUGGCAGGACCAACAAGGAUCCUUAAUACCGAUAUAGAAACAGAAGCUUCUCACUGCAUGCCAAAUUCUUGGACAUUUUUAAAGCAUCAAUUUUCUGCAAAUGCAAAACUUCCUAGCCAGGGGUGAAGGAACAAUCCAAAAUCAUCAAGAGCUUUUUGAAGAGACACAGGUUGCGACUUACAGUUUAUUGACAUCCAUCAGUGACUGGUAUUGUAUAAAUAAAUAUGGACUGAGUAACCAAAUUUGUUCACAGACAUUUCCUUUAAGUGUUGGAUAGGAGGCUAGCUAAAAUUGGAUGCCUGUAUUGUAUCGAAUUUAAAUUCUUUUUGUUGAUUGGUUCGUCUCUAUGGCAAUAAAAGUCAUACCAUUUUGUACGAGCCAAGUUGUGCGAUAUUUUACGAUUCCAGCAUCUUGUACGAAUUAUUAUGAAUUGUCACUAUGUUGGGAUUUCUGCUUGCACAGAAAUUGCACAUUUCACCUUUAAAGUUGUUAUUUUACAUGGCCGCUUAAUAUAUUUUUAUUUGCCUUGUGGCCAAGCAAAACUAAACUCUUAAAAUACAAUGAAUAUCUCCCAAAAAGUGUUGUCAAAAAUUAUAGUGGGAAAGAUAUGUCCUCCAUAAUUAAAAUGGAUUUUACGGCCCUGUAGCCCAAAUUGCAAGCAUGAUUAUUUCCUGAAAGGGCAUUGACGACAGAAAAUCUGUUUUAUUUUCCAAUAUUUGAAAUAAUCAAGAAUCAGACAUUCAAAUUCACACCGUAGCGUUGCAGUCCAGUAAAGAUCAAAUGUACUGGUCACUGGCCUUCCCUCUAUGUGGUCUCAAUGUCAAUGUGCUAACACUUUGGUAAAAAUCUGUUUAUAUACGUAUAUCUAUGGUGCUUGAGACAGUUUCAGCUCUAAACGUUAAUAGAUGAGAACAUAUAGCCUGUUUCAAGUACUAAAGACUGCAUAUGCUUCUCCAUUCCCGCUUCGCCCCUCUUCCCUGCCCUGACCCCCAUGACAUUCCCGCUGACAUUUUGGCAUUGUAAUGAAUGAAGGGUUUUAUUUAUUUUUUACCUCAGGAGGCCUGUAUGACAGAGAUGCUUAUAUUCUAUAAUUUAUUUACGCAUAAUAGCCUGUAAAGCACUAUGCAUUAAAAUUGUACAGUUGCUAAAUUCAUGCCAUAUAAAUAUAUAUAAAUAUAUACUUAUAUCUUACACUUUUUUCCUUCUUUAUAUAUAUAUAUAUAUAUAUAUAUAUAUAUAUAUAUAUAUAUAUAUAUAUAUAU